AGCUCCACAACCCUACCCCACCCGAAGACCCCAAUAAAUCUGUCGUCUCUUUUCGUAUUUUUCCUGCUUUGAAUAGUGUAUGCGAAGAUGUUUUCCUUUUGAUUUGUUUAUUCUGGGUGUGUGACUCCUCCUGUAGUUUACCCCCGUCAAGUAAGCCUAAGGACCUUUUUCUCUUUUUUGUUCUUUUUGUUUUAAUAGCUGCCCUAAACGCUGCAUCCAAUCAAUACCAACCCUAGGAAAGAAACACAUUUUAUUUCGACCACGAUCCACCCUCACCCAUUUUUUGAGCGCGACCUUUACAGCGACAACCCUGAGUCUUAUCAGGUUCUUACAGCAGUAAAAUUAAUCAUCCUCGGACAACAAUACCUGCCGAAGGUGGAACCGAGGCGCAAACUAACUAAAAAUUAGAUUUGUCACUGAGCACGGCCAUCACAGGAGCCGCGCUGCAAUAACUUCCUUCCCCUUCGCCCCUGCUUCAACAUACUCUGCCCUGUCUGCUCCUUUCUCCCGGUUCUUGCACUUACACCACCCCAUGGAUUCCUUUUUUCGCUCUGCGCAGGUCAUGGAACAGGUAAUCAACAGCGAUAAGGCCGCUCUUCGGGACGACGGCCAAAGCGCCUCCAGAGCAAGGAAGGGUGCAGCUCUUGGGGAACAAGAGCGAGAACAAGUUCAAGCUACGUCGACCGCGACUUGUAGCUCCUCCGUCCUGUAUCAAGUGGUGGCUGACGCUUGGGUUUCCAGCGCCGGUGAAACCCUGUCGACAUCCAUAGUCCUGCACAUUGUACGCCACGGUGAGGAGCUUCUUCUCCUUGUCCCCUGUACCAACCUGCACAAAUUGGAGGGCAUUGCAGUAGGAAAAGUGGAGUGGGCCGCGUACCCCGGGCUUGCGAGUAGAAGCAAUGCGACGAACAAUGGGAACGGCACGACUGGAGGCACAGCAUCUUCUAAAGCGCCUGCGGUGUUGCCCUGGCUGCAGCCGCCAUUCAGCAGCACUGGAAACAGUUCAACCAGUGGCACGGCGGAGAGCGGUGCGGCUGGCGGGGUCGUGCCGUUUAUUUCCAGUAACAUUUUCGGCGGAAAUAAAAAGGCGCUGACGCCGACGAGUGCAAUAGCAGGAACUUCUACGUUCAUCUCAACUGGAGG